AUGCUCACGGCGCUUAAGGAUCUAAAAAAGACCGCUGCAAUCGGGUUUGUCGGGGGAUCCGAUAUGGAUAAGCAGCAAGAACAGCUUCGAGGCGAAGGUUACGUAUUGAAAACAUCCAUCAGGAAAGCAUUGAUUGAAAAGCUGGAGGCUACCUUUCCCCAAUACAACCUCAAAUAUUCGAUUGGCGGCCAAAUUUCGAUCGAUAUCUUUCCCAAGGGCUGGGAUAAGACCUUUUGUCUGAAGCAUCUGGAAAAGGAGGGAUUCAAGGAAAUCCAUUUCUUUGGCGACAAAACAUCCCAGGUAUACACGAAACCCAUGCUAAUCCAAUCGGUAGGGCGGCAACGAUUACGAGAUUUACCACCAUCCCUCCGUUAUUGGACACGCCGUAGCUUCGCCGCAACAUACCAUCCAACUGAUCAAAGAGCUACAGCAAUAAAAUUUCAAACUUGUGUACAAAACCGGGCAACUUGUUGUUGA